UGGGCCCGCAGGUGUGGACAACGGCGGGAUUCCACGCCCCGCAGAGGCCCACCAGCUCUGGGGAGGGCAAGGGAGACGUGAUCCAGGGCCGCCCCCAGGCUGAUGUCCCAGUCUGUGCCUUUCAAGAAACAUGGAGGUAAUUCAUGGCAGGCCCUACUGUUGCAGAGAGCUUGAAGGAGCUGACCUAUUGUCAAACACCUUUUACUCUAAUGAAUUGCACACUCCAUUACAAACAGCUACUCGCCCAACUGCCUCCGAGGACAGAUAUCAGGAAUUAAGGGAGUCAUUCCAACAAUGUAGACUUCCAUGGGGUGCUGACAGAGAAUAUGGUGGGGUAAUACCCAUUUCACUCCCUGAGGAGCACAGGCCAAAAUGUGAACCUCCUCAUGUCAUGGGCAAAGGACAUCAGCAUUAUGGAUUUGGUGGAGAAACCUGGCCAAGAAAACUUCCUAUUGAACAAUUCUAUUAUUUGACACAGAACAAAAAAAGUGACAUCUAUGGAAAUGAUUCUUUGAUGCCCAAACCACCUAAUGCAACAGUACAAGAAACCUGCUUCCCAUAUCCGAUUGAACACCCCUACCACACACACAUCUCACGUGGUGCCAUGUUCCCGACCUUUACAUCACCUAAGGAUCCUUACACUGGGAUUAAAGCCCGAAGCCAACGGCCGUUUCCUCCCACUGUGCCAACGAAGGCUUACGAUACGACGAUUUUGAAAACAAGAGGUAACCCUUACAGAUAUGAACUGCUUGAUUUUCCAAUGGAUUCAAAGAAGAAAGCCUUGAAUUGGCCAGGUCAGGGUGUAUAUUAUGAUUUUCCUAAAUGUGUUGGAAAGAACAAGCCAGUGUUCUACCCAAAACCUCCUAAAACCUUCGCUCCUAACACUUCUUUAAAUUCGUGGGACCCGAUUAACUCUCUAAAAGAAGCCAAUAUACAAAGAAAUCUUGAGAGGUCCCACUGGAUCACUUCAUAUGCUCAUGAUUUUACAGGUCUGGGGCCCAUGAACCCCCUUGAACUGGAUGAUUACCAUGAAAAGGAGAGAGCAGAGUUAACUGGACAGAUAGGAUUUGACCCAGAGCCUCAAGAAAAAUUCCAUCCUGUCUUAAAACCUCCAAGACCCCUAGCAGGACGAAUUGCUCGACUGAUGCAGAACCGACGGCCUCUGGAGGCUGUUGUCCAGCAGAGACCACACUCCUGUCCAGAUUGUACCCCUAGAGUUUUGUGUAAUUUUCAUACCUUUGUACCCAGUUCUACAGAAAUGAUGGCACUUAGUGAUAACACACUGGCAGGUGUCACCCAUAAAAAACAGGAAAUUGAAGACAAGAUUAAGGAAGAACAAAGUUUGCUAUCUACCUAUGCAUCCCCACCUUGUUACCCAACAAGAGAUCUGACUAACGUUUGCGACAUAAAAAUAUCUCCAAAAAUCACAGAUACUAAGAAGAUAAAAGAUUUGUACUGGAGACAGCUGGCAUUAAAACCCCAACCUAUACCUUGCUAUAGCCCAAACCAUUACAUUCAGUAUGAGCAUCUAAAACCUGCCAUACGUGACCCGUGUACUAUGUGUCAAAACUCUGUUAGCUUUAGUAAGCCUACUAUUUUAGAAAGUAAACCAGACUUGGAAGCUUUUGAUUUUGAACAUUUUUUAAGUAAGCCAGAAGAAAGGCUGACCUUGAACACAGAAAACAAUGAGGAGACAAGACCCAUUCUGGGUUGGAUUCCUAGAGCUGGAGUGGCCAAGCCUCAGACUGACCUGCUAGGGCUUAAGAACUCUUUUUCAAAAACUGGUGCACAAAAACGUUUCCAUAAAUCAAUUCUAGAAGACCAUAAAGACCUCAGGGAUAAGGAGCAUUCAGGGAUGAAACACCAAUUCUAUGGCUAUAAUUCCUAUUAUUUCUAUAAUUGAGAUUUUCAUCCUUUCCUUCAAAACCCAGCCUCUUGCAAGAAAAGUAAAAAUUUAACAGAAUUUC